CAAGCAAACAAUCAGUAUGUAUUAAAUUCCUAGUUAAAUUGACGUUGACUGAGGGAGCAUGAGUCCCAGAGCUGGUGAAAAUGUCAUUUACUCUAACCAGCCGGAGCGUAAUCCGAUUUGAGAGCAGCACCACCGCACUUGAGCACGAAUGGCGGCGGACAUUAAUGUUUUUUAAUGUCGAUAUAUCGGAGGGAGUGCGCUGUGACCAUCGAAACGAGAUUACUGCACCAAGGGCCGAGGAGCGUAAUGGAGAGCUGCGAAAUCCCGGCGGAGGAUUGAGCAAUCCAAUUAAACAGUGUGCAUUGCCAUCUGACGAGCCUAAUAAAUUCUAUGCCCAGAGUCGGGAUGAUUUCGGUUACCGACGGCCUCUUCAUGGCCGAAGAAGUUGCAGGCACUUGCAGUCGGCUAAGCCAAGGAGGAAACUUGCCGAUAUAGCCUCGAUUUCCCACUUACCCACUCGGGACUCUACUCAUCAUUUUGUCCCCUUAGAUUAUGAAACUAAUAAUGGAUAUGACGAAGGCUACAACAAGAGUGCGCAUAAACUGUGUCAGAAUGAAGAAUAUCAACUGCCCAAUCAAUUCUCCAUGGAAGUCACAUAUCGUAAAAAAGCGCGAGAUUUAAGAGAUUGCUAUGAUACCGAAUCCGACACCGAUUCCUCAUGUGAAAAUCCACAUGAUUACUACUCUAACUCACGGCCAAAAUAUGCGUCUAAUCGAGAAUUUUACGAACCACCGUCUAAUAGAAACUGCAGUCCUUGUUGCACAGAAGAACAAUCCUGCCCUGAUUUCAACACAGAUGGUAGGCAAUCUCCAUCCCAACUCAGCAUGUUUAGGCCAAGACGGAAGCACAGACAAACCUCGGGGUCUCUGUCACCCGAUUAUGCUUUAGAUUAUGAUGAUCGUAGGGACUUUAAAAAUGAAAACACUUUCGAUUCGAAGGAUUGUGAUUGCGAAGACCCCUUUGAAAAUUCAAAACCUCUGCAUGAACGUGACACUAAAGCUAAAUAUUCGUCAUCAAAAAAUUUUGAUUGUGAUUAUGGUGUGAAGAGGCUUAGGCCGCCGCUACCUGCUCUCAAACCAAAAGCCAAGGUACGAAAAAGUUGUGAAACUCUGUUUAAAACAUUCAAGGAGAAAAACUACCCAAUCGACACAUCCAGGAAUUGUGAAACUGAGACCGAUUGGAUAAAAAAUACUGAAAGAUCCAGCGUUUUGUAAUCCUUUUAAAAGGGCUAAAGAAGAGUCAGGACAUUAUGAAAAGCAGGAG